AUGCUGGGAGAUGUAGUCUUUGGAUGCUACCAUUUAAAACACUCACCGAGCGAAGAGAACUCAACUCCCAUGGUGCCUUGCUCCGGCCGCUCGGCAACUCAGCUCUAACCAAUCACGUGUCGGAAUCCUCGCGGCACCAUCUCCUGGAAUGCCCAAGGACUCCUCUCAUUGGUCAGCCCACUCUGCCAAUCAAGUGUUAACCCUCAAGUUGUUGCCUCCCGUCGUUUUCUGCCCUGCUGGGACUAACGUAACUGGUCAGUGCUGUGGCAAGACGUCCCGUCGCAGAAGACCUGCACCCAGAGGAUGUGGAUAAUCCUGUUGUAAGACGGCUCCAACGUUAGUCCCACAUCAAAAGAUGCAAGUGCAGGUCCAGGAGUCUCUGGGGAGGUGGAACGGGCUGGGCAGCCGGGAUGCCGUCUCCAGAUCUGAAGCCAUGGAGAACAUCCGCCAGGACGUCAUGAGGAAAGUGGAGGCCAUCGGACCCAUACCAACGUCCCCCCCAGCUUCAGGGAAGCUUCCCAACAGCGACCUAAAUGACGUGCUGGCUCACCUCCUCAUGCUUUCCAAACGGUGUCCCUUUGACGACGUCAAGGAGCGAUGCAUCCGGCUUCUACAGGGCGUCCAGGACUUGGGAGUAAGGAUCCCAAGACCCUUAGGAAACGGACCAAGCAGAUUCAUCCCUGAAAAAGAGAUUCUUCAAGUCAGUAAAGUGGACGCCAGGACACAAUCGAUAUUUGAGGAUGCAUUCGCAGCCCUCGGUCGUCUCGACAACAUUUCUCUGGUGAUGGGCUUCCACCCGCAGUACCUGGGGAGCUUUCUCCGGACGCAGCACUACCUGCUCCAGAUGGACGGACCCCUGUCUUUGCACUACCGGCACUACAUCGGCAUCAUGGCGGCAGCUAGACACCAGUGUUCCUACUUGGUCAACCUCCACGUGAACGACUUCCUCCAGGUCGGGGGGGAUCCCAAGUGGCUGAACGGCCUCGAUGGCGCCCCGCAGAAGCUGCAGCAGCUCGGAGAACUCAACAAAAUCCUGGCCCAUCGGCCGUGGCUUCUAACCAAGGAACACAUUGAGUGCCUCCUGAAAGCAGAGGAGCACAGCUGGUCCCUCGCCGAGCUAAUCCACGCCGUGGUUCUCCUCACACACUACCACUCCCUCGCCUCGUUCACUUUCGGGUGCGGCAUCACGCCCGAGAUCCACUGCAACGGCGGGCACACAUUCAGACCCCCCUCCCUCAGUCAGUACUGCGUCUGUGACAUCGCCAAUGGCAACGGCCAUGCUUAUCACCCCGACGAUCCGCUCGGCAACCAGGAGAUGUGCGGCGAGGUGGAGGUGCUGAUGGAGCGCAUGAAGCAGCUGCAGGAGUGCCGCGACGAGGAGGAGGAGGCCAGCCAGGAGGAGAUGGCAACUCGCUUUGAGAGGGAGAAGACUGAAAGCAUGCUGGUGGUCACGGCGGAAGACGAGGAGUGUGUCCCCUCCAGAGACAUCUCCCGGCACUUUGAGGACCCUAGCUAUGGCUACAAGGACUUCUCCAGGAGAGGGGAGCAUGUGCCAACGUUCAGGGUGCAGGAUUACAGCUGGGAGGAUCACGGGUUCUCUUUGGUCAAUAGACUGUACCCCGAUGUUGGUCAGAUGCUGGAUGAGAAGUUCCAGAUGGCCUACAACCUGACCUACAACACCAUGGCGACACACAAGGACGUCGACACCAGCAUGCUGCGCAGGGCUAUUUGGAACUACAUCCACUGCAUGUUCGGCAUCAGGUAUGAUGACUAUGAUUACGGGGAGAUAAACCAGCUUCUGGACCGCAGCUUUAAGAUCUAUAUUAAGACAAUGGUGUGUAGUCCUGAGAAGACCACCAAACGAAUGUAUGAGAGUUUCUGGAGGCAGUUUCAGCACUCCGAGAAGGUCCACGUUAAUCUGCUUCUUAUGGAAGCGCGAAUGCAGGCAGAACUGUUAUACGCUCUGAGAGCGAUCACCCGCUACAUGACAUGAAGUGCUUUGGGCCUUUAAAAAAAAAAAAAAAAAAACGUUUGUCGUUGUUGCUCAUCAGGGGACACUUCAGGAAAGGAAAAAAAAUAAGAAAAAGAAAACAUAAGGCAUCAUGGGAUUCAAAGUGUGGAGGAGACACGAGGGGCCCUGGUUGUGACUGUGCUCAUUGGAUGGGUGUUGAGAGGAGGAUCAGAUCAAAGAAAAGCAAGAAAAAAAUUAAAGGAACUGUUGAAGAAAAUCAUCUCAAACUACACAAGUUGCACAAGUUCCGUUUGUGUUGCCCGCAGUGCCAAAACUGACCAAGAGAGGGCUGCCUGGAGCAAACUCCUGCCCUGCUGCUGAGGAGUUUGUGCCAGGCCUGAGCACCGACACCGGAGGCGUCCGGGACGAUGUUUCAGUAUUCCAGCAUGCAACGCAGUUGCUGCAGAUCUCUUUUGUCUCCUGGUAGAGUGAAGACCCACAGAGGGAGAAAAAAACAAAACAAAAAAAGAGCAACAGUUGUGCAAGUUGUCUGCACUUUCAUUCUUUUGUCACUGUUAUAUAUGUUUAGUUUCUUUAAGACCUUUUUUUAUUUCAUUUUGUAUGAAGAGAAGUGGAUGUUGUUGUCAGUGUAGUUGCUGUUAGUGGCAACUGGAGAUGGAAGCAUUAACUUUGUUUUGUUUAUUUUCAUUUUGUAAGUGUGCCUGAAUUAUCCAGCGCAGUGUGCAGAUGUGCUGAUGAUGCUGCUCCCAUAAUGUGUUCAAUGGGGUCAUAUUGAUCCCCAAAUCACCCCCAAGUCCCUGUCCAUUAGAAAUCCACUGCAUUACCUCCCUCCCCCUUGUCCUCAACCCCCCCCCCCCCCCCUCAUCAGAAAUCUCAAAUGUCAAUUUAAGCUAGUCCAAGGAGCGUGUGUGUGAAAAAACCAGGAGGUUUGGAAAGAAACUCAAAGAACACUGUCUGAGCCCUUUAUUGAGUUUGUCUGUAACUGUGUGGAUGAGUGUUUAUGAUGACUGAAGUUGUGUGUGUUUGUAUUACAAAAAUGACGAAGAAAAAAAAAAAUGUCUUUUUGAAUUUCAUGUGUCAAAAAAAAGAAAGCGAGGCGUGUUGGAGGUUAGACUUCUUAGCUUCUGCUGUAGCUGUUUCUUGUGAGAUGACUGUAUCAUUUGUUGUUAAUGAUGUCUUUGAUUUUUCUGGUAAUGAGAGAAAAAAAAAAAGAAGAA